AUGUCAAAAAAUUACCAAAAUCCAUCAACAGCUUCUAACCAAAAACAGUCAAAAAUUCUAUUUUCUGAUAGUGAAUCCAGCUCAUCUCCUGGUGAUUCUUUUAUCCACGAAGAAUCCUCAAUUUCUCAUCAGUUAUCCCCAAAGUUCCAGCAAAGCGAAAUCGGUGAAGAAAUUCAAAGAUCGAUAACCCUAAUUGCCUCAGCCCUUAAAAAAAGCAAAGUUCCCUAUUCACAGCCUGAUUUGUAUGAUGGUGACAUUCGAAAAACCCUUAACUCGCUGAAUUAUUUUGUAUCAACUAUAUGUAGUGAAUACCUAUAUGCAAUAAACAAAAUUAAUGCUGAGGCCUCAUUAAAUAAAAUUGACUCAUAUAAGCAGCCGAAAAUUGAAGAAUUAAGGAUCGCUAAUGACAAGGUAAAAGACAAAGACAAAAUUGAUGAAGUUGGCGUGACUGUUGUUAAAAAAGGCCAGUCAGAUAUUAUGGCGAGACUAUUUAAAUUGCCAAAACAAGGAUUAAUGCUGACACAUGAAGACUGUAAAGAAUUUUCCUCACUUAUUAUAGGCGCUAUGAGGGACUCUGGAACUGCUGAGUUGCGAGAACAAAUUGUGUAUUUACAAGAAAAAGCUGUGAAAUUUGGGAAAUUGCUAAGUUUGACUAGAGCACAGCUUAGGAAAAAAGAAGAUCAAGUCGAUCAACUUUUACAGGCAAAUAAAAAUUUAAAUCAGAUGUAAAUCAUAUAUAGAAUUUCAAAUCUCCAAGACAAAGUAGAUGAUAGAUAUUCCCCAGACCAAGAAAUCUUCAUAACUGAUUUAUCACCAAAUAAGCAGCAUUCUCACGAGACUUCAAGCACCCAGAGUGAAGCAGUCUUUAUAAACCCUUAA